AAGUCAUCGAUAAUCAGGGUCUCAUUUGGGGAAGAUGACGAUUCUCCAUAAAGAGCUGGUCUUCUUGAUACUGCAGUUCCUUGAAGAAGAAGGUUUUAAAGAGGCUGCUCGAGAGCUUGAGCGGAAUAGCGGUUAUUUCUUCAAUAUGGAGCAUUUUGAGGAAUUGGUUCUGAAGGGGGACUGGGUUGGGGCUGAGAAGUAUCUUUCUGGGUUCACUAAGUUCGAUGAUAAUAAGUACUCGACCAAGAUCUAUUUCGAAAUGAGGAAGCAUAAUUACCUUGAGGCGUUAGAUAACAAUGAUAGAGCCAAGGCAAUACACAUCCUUGACAAUGAUUUGAAAGUUUUUUCCUUGGAUAACAAGGACCUGUUCAACGAGAUGACACAGCUAUUAACCUUGAACAACAUAAGGGAACAUGAAUCCCUCUCAACGUAUGGUGAUACAGAAACUGCAAGAACAAUUGUGGUGCAACAACUCAAGAAAAUCAUCAGGGCGAAUCCCAUUUUUCAUGGAAAAGUGGAUUUUCCCUGCAUCAAAACUCAAAGGUUACGUAGUCUUCUAAAUCAAAGCUUGAAUUGGCAGCAUUUACAAUGUAAAAAUCCUCAGCCAAAUCCUGAUAUGAGAACCCUUUUUGUGGAUCAUGUUUGGACACCUCCGCAUGAGCAUAUACCUUUCUUGUUGAAUGCUGUUAAUCCACAGUGUACAUCUGCUAGUGUGACAUCAACAGUAUCUAACUCUGGGAUCUCUGGCUCCACCCUUUAUCCUGUGGCCACCACAGAUCAUAUUGAGGAGAGUGACUUUGCAUCCAAAAGACCUUUAUCUCAGAUAGCUGAUAAGGAGACACAAAGCGUUACUCCCUCUGGUCAAGGUUCUCUAGCUCCUCUUGAUGAUUUGUGUGAGAAUCAUAUGGGGAACACUGUUCUUGGGAGUCAUCAACGGACAAACAUCAUUGACUUGCCAAAGAAGGUCGUGAAAAUAUUGACCGAGGACUCUUCUCAAACAAGCAUGGAAUUCCAUCCAGUUCAGCAUACCCUUUUAUUAGUCGGAACUAGCACGGGAUACAUAGGUUUGUGGGAGGUCGCUUCUGGUGAAAAGUUGUUUGGAUGGAAUUUCAAGGUUUGGAAUAUAAGUGCAUGCACAAUGGUGUUCAAGACUGCUCUGCUUAAAGAUCCGCAACUUUCUGUCAACCGCACUGCUUGGAGUCCGGAUGGUUCCAUUUUUGGGGUUGCAUAUUCGAAACACAUAGUCCAGAUGUAUGCUUACUAUGGUGGCAAUGACGUACGGCAGCAAUUAGAAAUUGAUGCACAUGUUGGUAGUGUCAAUGACCUUGCAUUUGCUGCCCCUCAUAAACAACUUUUAGUCAUAACAUGUGGUGAUGACAGAAGAAUUCAGGCAUGGGACAUUGCCACUGGUGGUAGAAUUUAUAGUUUUGAAGGCCAUCAUGCAUCAGUUUAUUCACUCUGCCCCCGCACCAAGAACAACACUCAUUUCUUCUUUUCCACUUCAGUGGAUGGAAACAUAAAAGCAUGGCUGUAUGACUAUUUGGGACCUAGAGUUAAUUACAAUGCUCCUGGCCGAGCUUGUACAUCAAUGGCUUACACUACUGAUGGCCAAAGGCUUCUUUCUUGUGGAACCAGUAAUUCUGGAGAGUCAUUCCUUGUUGAAUGGGAUGAAAGUCAAGGAGCUAUCAAAAGAAGCUACCGAGGAUUGCAGAAGAGUUCUGUGGGUGCAGUUAAGUUUGAUAUAAUGAAGAACCAGUUUGUUGCUGCUGGGAACGAAAACGUAAUCAAGGUUUGGAAUUUGGACGGUGAUGAUCUUUUGACAACUAUUGAUGCAGAGGGAGGCUUGCCUGAAAAUCCACAAAUCCGAUUCAAUAAGGAUGGAACCCUGUUGGCUGUUUACGCAAAAGAAAACAAAAUCAAGGUCUUGGCAAGUGAUAGUGGUCUUCAGUUGCUUGGUAUUUGUGGAAGUGAUUCUGACGAGUCUUCCAGAGUGGUUGGGGAGAAAGGAGACACAGAAGGCAGGGAGGCUUUGAAUUCCAAACUUAUCGAGGAAGCUAAUGCAGGAAAGAGUAGGAAACCUUUUGAAUCUUACAGACAUACUCAAUGCCAAAGCUUGUUGCUCCCUUCUAAUGUGAAAGUAGAGAAGAUAUCAAGGUUGAUUUACGGGAGUGCAGGUAAUGCUGCGUUGGCAUUAGCAUCAAAUGGAAUCCAUUUGUUAUGGAAAUGGCCAGUUAAUGAUCUCAAUUUGACUGGGCAGGUAACUGCUAAAGUUCCUCCUGAACUACUGAAACGAAGGAACUCCUCAACAACACUGAUGAAAAACGACCUUACUGCAAAUACUGAGGCAGUCCCGUGUUUUGCUUUGUCAAAGAAUGAUUGCUAUCUCAUAUCAUCAUCAGGAGCGAAAAUUUCCAUUUUCAACACGUUGACAUUCAAGACUGUGGUGUCUUUCAUGCCUCCAUCCUCAGAAGCUACAUGUCUUGCUUUCCACCCCAUAGAUAACAACAUUGUUGCCAUAGGGAGCGCUGAUUUCACAGUUCUUGUCCACAAUGUCCGUCUGAACGAGACUAUUAGUGUACUCGAUGGUCAUACUGGAAGGAUCUCCGGACUUGCCUUCUCAAACACUCUGAACAUACUGGUGUCUACUGGAGCAGAUGCUCAGAUUAUUGUAUGGGAUGCUGCAAACUUCAAAAGACAAAGAAGCAGAAGCUUACUAGAGAUUCCAGAAGGAUUACAUCAGUCAGAUACCUACGUCCAGUUUCACCCAGACCAGACACAACUCCUUGCAGUACACAAGUCCUAUAUGGGAAUCCUGGUGGCCAACAACUUAGAAUGUGUUGCAAAGUGGAUUCCUGGAGAUUCACCACCAAUAUCCGGGGCAACAUUUUCGUGUGACGGCCAGAAAAUAUAUGCUGCCUUUAUGGAUGGGACCGUGGGCAUAUUUGCUUCGUCGCCUCUCGAAUUCUUCAGUUGGAUCUCGCUUCACAGUUAUCUUCCUUCUAGUUCAAGCUUGAAUGUCUAUCCUGCCGCCAUUGCAGCUCACCCGCAAAAGCCGAACCAGUUUGCAGUGGGAUUAACAGGUGGGGAAGUCGUGGUGAUUGAGCCUCCAAGUCCUGGUACUGAAUGGUAGGUGGAUUGAUUUAGACGAUGCGCUUUGAGAAAGAAGCCAAGAGCGUAGAACUCGUCUGUUCAUGUGUUAGUAAGACAAGAGAGCAGUUAUAUGGGCUAUUUGGCUGCUAAGCAUAACCAGGUGCCUGGAGGGUGGUGAUCUGCACGUUGUAACCAGAUCUUGUGGUCAUUUUGGUCCCAACUUCCUUCGUUUGCUUAGGCGGAAUUUUCGUUUGUUUGAUUUUCUUCUUUUUCUGUUGUAAAUGAGG